ACGAACAUUUUAGUCAAAGCUACAGUAUGAGUGACAGCAUCGAUGGAAUGCUACACAACAGUUUUUUUUGCUAUCCAUCUAUAAACAACUCAUGUCAUAAACAAGCCCAUCCAUUUUAUGCCCGUUUAUUCAUAUACACCGUCCUCAGUAUGGCCAUUAUUGUCACAGUUUGUGGAAAUUUUCUAGUUAUCAUUGCUAUUUCACAUUUUAAGGAACUCCACACACCCACCAAUUAUCUCAUCCUCUCCUUAGCAGUUGUUGAUUUACUCCUAGGAGGUGUAGUAAUGCCUCCAGUUAUGGUUUCUGCAGCAGAAAACUGUUGGUAUUUUGGGGAACUGUUCUGUAAAAUACGGCACAGCUCGGCCAUCAUGCUCUGCACAGCUUCUAUUAUACACCUAUCGAUCAUUUCCAUUGAUCGCUACUAUGCUGUGUGUCAUCCUCUAACAUACAAAACUAAGAUUACUGUGUCCUUCACUGUUAACAUAAUUUGCAUUAGCUGGAUUCUGUCAACUGUGCUGGGAUUUGGAAUUGUUUUCCUAGAAUUGAAUCUAAAGGGCAUUGGAGAGCUUAAUGAUCAGAACAACUGUGUAGGAAGUUGCAUUCUUGUCCAAAACGAAGGCUCAGGAUUGCUUUCAUCCAUACUUUCAUUUUACAUUCCUGGAAUUAUCAUGAUAUGCAUUUAUGUGAAAAUAUUUUCUGUAGCAAAGAGACAGGCUAGAUCUAUUAGAGAUAUGGCUGCUAGAAGUCAAACAUAUGAAGAAAAGAGAAAUGCAACAACCAGAAAAAGAGAAACAAAGGCUGCUAAGACACUAGCAAUCGUGUUGGGAGUUUUUAUUUUCUGUUGGUCUCCUUUUUUUCUGUGCAACAUCAUCGACCCUAUAAUACAGCACAAAACACCCACGUUCUUAAUAGAAAUGAUUACAUGGUUUGGAUGUCUUAAUUCAACUUUUAACCCACUUGUUUAUGGGUUUUUUUAUAGCUGGUUUAGAAAAGCUUUUAAAAUGAUUGUGUCUGGAAAUGUCUUUCAAAGUGAUUCUUCUAGGUUAAAACUUUUUUCUGACUAAAAAAUAAGUCUGCAUUUGU